AUGUCAGAUACGUCGCAUGCAUAUAAUUCACGUCAGGGAAAUCAACCUGGACCUCAAAGAUCAAAAGUAACACCUGAAUGUAGGUUGAAAAAUCCAGCAGCGUUAAAGAAUAAGAACAGAUCAAAAUCGAUUAUUUUAGCAGACGAAAGCACACCAUCACAUACCUCACAUACCUGCAAUACAGAUUCAAUUGAACCCAUUCAAGACAUAAAGAUGAAAAAGACCUGCGCUCGUUGUAAAGAAGCAACUAAAUGUGUUAAAUUACUUAGUUCUAAAAUUGGGAGACUUGAAGAACUAGUAGAUUCUUUAGCCGAACGGUGUCGUUUAGAUUCAGUAAAUAAUGAG